UUUUUUUCUACAGUAACAUGCAUUUUACAUUUCGAAUAUAUGAAGCUGUUUGUUUCAGUAAUGAAAAAUAGAAAAUUAUGACCAACACGUGGUUCCGGCUGUUAUUCUUUGUAUUUUAUCAUAAUAAUAUUGUACUUAUUUAACAUCAUAAUACAAACUUAUCAACGGUUCAUUUAGAUUACAAAAAAUGAGGAAUAUGUUAUGAAUUAAUACUCAUCUGGUUUUUUAUAUUUAAAGGAGACGUAAGUAUAUGUUCAAAUAAUAAAUAUGAAUAGGGCUAUUGUAUUAGGAUUGUUUCAAGGUUGAACGCUAUUCAGUUUAGACAGUACCUUUAAUUGCUAUUCUUUGCUUUUUCGGAUUAACAAUAAUUCAUCUUAAUAAUACUGGAAAUCAGGAAAACAACCUCUGGAUACGAGCUUGUAGGAACAGAACAAAUAGAUUCAUUCAAAAUGGAUAUAAAAACGACAGGGAAAGAAUACAGAAAUACAUUUGUGUUGUCAGGAGCCUUUACAGCAAUAUUUACUGCAUACCUUGCAAUACAAAAUCUUCAAAGUAGUUUGAAUCAAGAGCAAGGCCUUGGAAUAAUCUCCUUGUCAUGUAUGUACGCUUGUAUAAUCAUCUCUGGCAUCCUCGCACCUGCCAUUAUUCAUGUUUUUGGGGAGAAAAAAAUUCUCGUAAUCUCGUUCUUAUGUCACGUAAUCUAUGUAGGAACUAAUUUUUAUCCAACCUUUGCGACGUUAGUGCCGUCAUCAGUAUUGUUAGGCCUCACGGCUGGACCAAUGUGGACGUCUCAAAGUGUAUAUUUGGCUGAUAUGGCAUGUUCCUACGCAGACAGAACUUCGAAAGAUGGUCAUGCUGUUCUUAGUAAAUUUAAUGAAUUUUCUUUGCAAUGUUUGAAACCACGCAAAUAACGGGAAACCUGAUUUCAUCUCUAGUUCUUCAACAGGGCAGCUACGAAAGUAGUUCCUCAGCCAAUGAAACAACUGUAAAGUUUUGUGGUAGUGAAGAUUGUCCAAUGGCGGUCAAUGGCACAAAAAUUGAUGAACCCGACCGUCAUAUUGUGUAUAUCCUUUUAGGUAUAUUUUUGAUAUGUGAUGUUUUUGGUGUUUUUCUUACUGCCUGUUUCUUGCCGCCGAUGAAUAAACUUGCAUCGAAACAGAAAGUAAAUCUGUUGAAAUCUUUAGCGUCAUGUGGAAAGGGUCUCACAGAUUUAAACCUUGUUUUUCUGUUACCCUUAAUAAUGUUUAUGGCGAUGGAGCAAGCAAUUCUGUGGACUGAUUAUACAAAGGCAUUCAUCAGCUGUCCAUUAGGAAUUCAGAAGCUUGGAUUCGUCAUGGCAACCUAUGGUGGCUCCACGACAGUCUUCGCACUCGUAUUUGCUCGAGUCUCAAAAUAUACCGGACGAUACAUUUUAUUUGCUCUAGCUGGCCUGGUCAACCUUGGUAUUUUGAUAACGUUAUAUAUUUGGAUACCAAGUUCUGAGGAUGUUUUUCUCAUAUUCUUGAUACCAGUUAUUUGGGGCGUGGCUGAAGGAAUAUGGCAAAUACAGUCAAAUGCCUUGGUUGCACUGCUAUUCCCGGAAAAGAAAGACUCCGCCUUCGCCAACUACCAUACCUGGAAAGCGAUUGGUUUUACAUUGACAUUUAUUUAUGGAAACCUGCUCUGUGUGUCAACAAAAUUGAUAAUCGCCAUAAGUUUACUGAUGGUGUCGAUGAUUUUAUAUUUAAUUGUAGAAAUUAGAAUUAAACAAAGUAAAUCUAGUAAUGAAAAAGAGGAGACAGAAGAAGGAAAUAAUUUAGAUCCAGACAGCAAUACUUCAUAUGAUUGAAAUGUUUGCACAAUUGUACAGCACAUUUUUAUAGAUAGUAACAUUAUUGAAUUAAUUAUAUCUACUUUUAUUGCAGUGAUUGAUUUUAACUUUUGCACAACACGAAUUGCUCAAAAAUAAAUUAUGAAUUUGUCUCAAGACAUUAACGCCAUCUACAUUACUACAGCACUUUCACUUUAUUUAAACAUAUAUAAAACGUUGGCGUGUUUGACAUUUAUGUUUAUUAUACUCUUGGCUCGACAAUUUUGUUCCCGUUAUAUGCAAUUUAGUAUUACUUGUGCCAUUAUAACCAGUAACAUAUCCACCAUCAACUGCAAUCAUUAAAUUAGAAUGGCAUCAUAUACUACAUACCCAAAAGGUAUUUAAUAGUCAUAGCAGCGUGCUGGCGGCCCAGUCGAUGUUUCAAUAAUUUCAAUAACUGCAAGUCAACUACGUAUACGCCGCAAUAGAAAGUCACCUGAACACCGUGAAUGUAUUUUAAAACACCUCAGUUUUGCAGUCGAUUCAUAGCCGAAAUAUGGAAAACCCUAUCAUUCAAAAUAUUCUUUUCAGGGUUCAUGCACUAUCUUUCAAAAUGUCGUUAUUAAUGGAAACGAGGAUGCUAAUACUACAGCAAAGAAAUCCCUUUCAUUGCCGUGAUCUAAUUUCAAAUUACCAUAUACUGAUUUUAAAUCAAAUGUAAAUAUAUAACUUUAAUCUAAAUGGCAAAUUGUCGUGCAACAAUGCUUCAUUCAAUUAACCUCAUGAUAUUAAACCUUUAGGGAAAUGGCACCAAGUGAACAGAUCUGUUCGCUGUUGUUCUUUCUCGCUGUCGAAUAGGCCAUACCCGUUUGACUCAUUCUUACCUCUGAACAAAGAAGAUCAACAUGAAUGUAUCCCAUGUCAAACACCCCUGACUAUUAAAAUAUUUUAAUUGAUUGUGUGGACUUCGCUCCAUUUUGACGUUAAAACUUUCAAAAGAGUUGUUUGAAACAGUUUCCAUCAACGGUAUUUUAUCCUUUUAAAACAGACAGGCAUCUAUCAUAAAAUCUGAACAUGAAAUUUUUAUUCACAUCUGUUGCGAUAUCGGUAUGUUUACAGCAGAUAUUUUUAACACUGUAUAUAUGUUUUUAUAUAAUUGUUUACAAAUGGUUUUUAAUAUAUGUUUCCAAUAUAACUUUU